AUGUCGCAUAUACCCGAUGAUGCCAGCAGCAUGAGUGACGACGUUUUCGAAGAUCCCGAGACCCAGCAACGUCGUCUAGAGGAGACUGCACGCUAUCGCGCCAACUAUACUACUGGCAGUAGCGGUCUUGGCGGUGGUGGUAGUAGCGGUAUCGGUUCCAGUCUCGGCGGCAGCAGCAGUAAUGCUUUCAGCACCGGCUAUCCCGGUUAUCGUCCACCGGUUAAGGCAUUACAGAUGUAUGCUCUGGAAGACGCCGUAUUUCAUGGUGAUGGUAAUGAAGAUGAAUACGAAGAUGGUUGGCGUUCCUAUCGUUACGAUGAAGUUGGCAUGUAUUCUCAACCGCCGCAGCCGCCAUUCGAUGAUACGGUCAAUCAUAAGACAAUAUUGCUUGGCGAUUCUGGUGUUGGUAAAACAUCUUUCCUGGUAAAGUACAAUACGGGCGAAUUUCGUUUAGGUUCCUUUUCUGCGACAGUCGGCAUUGCGUUAACGGAAUAA